AUGAAAGAAGACCUCGAGGAGGCAUCGCCAGCCAAUGGCGCCGAGUCGUCUACCUCGGCUUCUUCAACAGGGUCGUCGCCAAUCCUAGAGCCCAUCAGGACCAUUGAAACACGCCGCAGCCGCACCCACGACCUUGAUGUCUUUGAGGCCCUGGAGCACGCCCUCACUCCAGAUGUCGAGACAGAGGCAGAGCGCGAGGCUCGCGAACCUAUUACUUACACCAGAACUGGCACCAGUGUGACCAGCGCCGCCUCUCGCCCCCCAGACUUUGAGGUUUUCUUUGAGGACGGUGAUCCAGAUAAUCCCCGAAACUGGUCAAAGGGUUAUCGCGCAUGGAUUAUCGUCUGUGUCUCGUAUUCCACAUGGGUCGUCGUCUUGUAUAGCACAUGUUACACUGCAUCGGUGUCUGGCCUGGCCGAGGAGUUUGGGGCGUCAACGACUGUGACCACACUUGGUUUGACAACAUAUUUGCUUGGUCUUGCUGCAGGAAGUCUGAUUGUGGCACCUCUGAGUGAGCUGUACGGUCGACAAAAAGUGUACAUUGUCUGCUUGACUGUAUGGGCUUUGUUGAUCUUGCCAUGUGCUCUGGCUACUUCAUUAACAGAAAUCAUUGUUGUGCGCUUCUUUGGUGCUGUCUUUGGUGCCGCUAUGAUCUCAAACAGUCCUGGAACCAUCGUCGAUAUCUCGGAUCCAGAUUAUCUGGCUGCAGCCAUGUCCAUGUGGUCCAUCGCGCCCCUGAACGGACCAUCUACUGGCCCAAUCAUUGGCGGCUUUGUGUACCAGUAUCUGGGAUGGCGAUGGGACAACUGGAUUCCUCUGAUCCUUGGUGGAGUUGGAAUUCUCAUGAUGAUAACAGUGAAGGAGACAUAUCAUCCCGCAAUCCUGAAACAAAAGGCGGCACGAUUGCGCAGGGAGAACGAUGACCCGCGGUAUUGGUGUCAGUAUGACCAAAGGGUUUCCACCCGUCACCUGAUAAAGAUCAACAUGAGUAGGCCAUUUACUCUGUUGGCAUCUGAACCUAUUCUGUGGUUUAUGGAUAUCUGGAUAUCGCUGAUUUAUGCCAUCCUGUAUCUGUGUUUUGUGGCAUACCCUAUCGUAUUUUCCCAACACCGUGGAUGGGAUGCAGGCAUGUCAGGACUGGCCUUUGUGGGCAUCGGCGUCGGAACCAUGCUUGCCAUCUUCGCAGAGCCUCUUUUCCGGCGACUGAUCAACUCUCAGCCUCGAGAUCCAGUCACUGGCAGGCCUCAGCCUGAAGCAACGGCUCUAGUCAUGGCCAUUGGCGCCAUCCUGACCCCGAUCGGCCAGCUUGUGUUUUCGUGGACAUGCCUGCCAGCGACCAUUCAUUGGGCUAUCCCGAUCGCUUUCGGCAUCCCUUUCGGUGCAGGCAACACCAUCAGCUUCAUCUACGGCUCGAAUUAUCUGGCUGGCGCGUAUUCCAUAUACGCUGCCAGUGCGCUCGCCGGAAACGCUGUCAUUCGCAGUAUUGCUGGCGGUGUUUUGCCCCUGGCUGGUCCUAAGAUGUACGCCGCCAUGACCCCUCAAUGGGCUGGAACACUUCUGGGCCUCCUCGAGGUAGCUAUGAUUCCGAUUCCAUUCGUGUUCUGGCGAUACGGAGCCAAGAUCAGAGCAAAGAGUCCAGCCAUUAGGGCUUUGAGAGAGGAGCAGGAUCGACUUGAUGCGAAGAGAGCCAAGUAUCAGAAGAAGCUUGAAAAGAAGCAGCAACGAGAAGCAGAGAAUCCAAAGACAGAGGGAGAAGGAGUGUUGGAGAAGACAGCAGGUGAUUGA